AGCCCUGGCUGACGUGCAUAAUGUGUUGAGAAAAAAGUCAGUUUAAUAUAAUUGAAAUACAGAAGCGUUUCAUAUUGUUUUUGUAUGCUGCCGCCGCUUAGCUGCAAUAUAAAUAUAUAAAUAUCAAUAAUAUAGCCCAGCGUCAUUGAACUGCGCGUUAUUUACACAACAACAACAGCACAAACUAACAACAAUCAACAACUAGAACUGCAAUCGGCAGCAAAACCAGCAACUAAACAACAACAAAAAAUCCUACAAUCAUGGCGAACAUGGCCGUAUCACGUAUCAAGCGCGAAUUUAAAGAAGUUAUGCGCAGCGAGGAGAUCGUUCAGUGCUCGAUCAAAAUUGAGCUGGUCAACGACAGCUGGACAGAACUGCGCGGCGAGAUCGCCGGCCCGCCAGACACACCCUACGAGGGCGGCAAGUUUGUGCUGGAAAUCAAAGUACCCGAAACAUACCCAUUCAAUCCACCAAAAGUUCGUUUUAUAACACGUAUAUGGCAUCCGAACAUCUCGUCGGUGACCGGAGCCAUUUGCCUGGACAUACUGAAGGACAAUUGGGCCGCUGCGAUGACAUUGCGCACCGUGUUAUUGUCGCUGCAGGCACUGCUGGCCGCCGCCGAGCCAGAUGAUCCGCAGGACGCUGUCGUCGCGUAUCAGUUCAAGGAUAAGCACGAACUGUUUGUGCUCACUGCCCGACACUGGACCAACGCGUAUGCCGGCGGUCCGCACACGUUUCCCGAUUGUGAUUCAAAGAUACAGCGUCUCAAGGACAUGGGCAUCGAUGAGCACGAUGCGCGCGCUGUGCUCUCCAAAGAGAAUUGGAAUCUGGAGAAGGCGACCGAGUGCCUAUUCAGUUAGCUUCGCAGCAGCAGCAGCAGCAGCAGCAGCAACAACAACAACAACAACUGGAAAACAGAAGCCGCAGCAAAACACCAGCAACAAGAACUUCAAGUUAAGGAGCAGCAGUAGCAAAUUCAAUAAGAGCAUUCUCAAUUCAAUCAAUCAGUUCGUUUAGGAUCAAUCAAUCAAUCAGCAAAUCACAACUCUAAAUUUUAGUACUGUUAGCAAAAGCUGCCCCCCGCAAAUCACAAUCACAACAACGAUAUACGAAAAUAAUUGGGAAAUAGUCCAACAAAAUCACACACUCACACACACACACAGACACAGACACACAACACCCGCCACGCGACACACACACAAACAUUAUUUAUUGAAAUUUUAUUUUUGUUUUGUUAAUUUCCAAAUCCAUGUAAUUUGACAGUUUUGCGCCCAAGCCGGUUCUCACUUGCAAAGAAUAAUCCCAAUUUCACGUAAGUUUUUUUUUUUUCCAAAAAAAAAAAACCCGCAAACCCAUUUAAUCAAAAUGCGAUUUAUUAAAUAAAAGUGAGUACCGGUACUGGCCCCACA